AAACUAAGCAGCGUGCGUGCCCGGAUGCCUAAUCCGAGUACUAGAUCUCGUAACGCCGCCGCCGCGCUGCGAUAGCUCCCUUUCCGGUCGGAGCGCCGCCAUAGGCCCGCAAGGAAGAAAAAGGCAUCGCCGGCAUGGAAGACAUCGAAGACGUGGUGGCCGCCGGAGCUCCACCGGGGCUCCGCCUCCCGCUCACUGCAGUCGGCAUGAAGCCCAAAAAGAAGCCCAGGGUUCGCCUCGUCGGCGACCCCCUCUCCAACCCUCAGAUCCCGGGCACGCAGACUAUAUAUAUGAAGACCUUCGGAUGCUCUCAUAACCAGAGUGACAGUGAAUACAUGGCUGGUCAGCUCUCAGCAUUUGGAUAUGCAACGACUGAUGAUCCUGAGGAGGCAGACUUAUGGCUAAUAAAUACAUGCACAGUGAAGUCUCCUAGUCAAUCUGCCAUGACAACUCUCAUAUCAAAAUGUAAAAGUGCAAAGAAGCCACUUGUGGUGGCAGGAUGUGUACCUCAGGGAAGUAGAGAUCUGAAGGAGCUUGAAGGGGUCAGUGUAAUCGGGGUGCAGCAAAUAGGUCGUGUUGUUGAAGUAGUAGAGGAGACACUGAAAGGGCAUGAAGUCCGCCUAUUAAGUCGGAAAACAUUGCCUGCAUUAGACCUUCCUAAGGUGAGGAAGAACAGAUUUAUUGAGAUACUUCCAAUUAAUGUUGGUUGUCUAGGUGCUUGCACUUAUUGCAAGACAAAGCAUGCCCGUGGUCAUCUAGGGAGCUAUACAGUGAAUAGCCUUGUAGAGCGCGUAAAGAUGGUUGUAUCUGAAGGAGUUAAAGAGAUAUGGUUGAGCAGUGAAGAUACCGGUGCCUAUGGGCGGGAUAUUGGAACAAAUCUUCCAGUUUUACUGAAUUCCAUUGUUGCGGAACUUCCUCCUGAUGGAAGCACCAUGCUUCGCAUUGGCAUGACUAAUCCUCCUUUUAUACUGGAGCAUUUGAAAGAGAUAGCGAACAUAUUGUGCCACCCAUGUGUGUACUCAUUUCUGCAUGUACCUGUGCAGUCUGGAAGCGACUCUGUCCUGGCUGCAAUGAAUCGUGAGUACACAGUGAGCGAGUUUAGAAUGGUGGUGGACACUCUAAUCGAACUUGUACCUGGGAUGCAAAUUGCAACUGAUAUUAUAUGUGGAUUCCCUGGUGAAAAUGAUGAAGAUUUCGCGCAAACUGUUGGUCUGAUAAAGGAGUACCAAUUCCCUCAAGUUCAUAUUUCUCAGUUUUAUCCUAGACCAGGCACUCCUGCUGCAAGGAUGAAGAAAGUUCCAAGCACUGUGGUGAAGAAGCGUAGUCGUGAAUUGACUAAUGUAUUUGAAUCUUUUUCCCCCUACAAAGGAAUGGAAGGUCGAGUUGAGAGGAUUUGGAUUACUGAAAUUGCUACUGAUGGAAUUCAUUUGGUUGGCCAUACUAAGGGAUAUAUCCAAGUGCUUGUAAUUGCUUCAGAGAGUAUGCUAGGUACCUCAACAGAUGUAAAGAUUACAUCUGUAGGAAGGUGGUCCAUUUUUGGUGAAGUGAUCGAGACUCCUUCAGCUCAAGUAAAAGAAAAUACAUACCAAGGGAACAUUACCUUGGAAGCUUUUCCUUGUCCCAGUUCAAGUGACAAGGAUCCAGAACCCUGCCAAUGUGCAGUGCAGAAUUUGGGGCAGAAGAUCAGCGGUUGUGGUCACGAUGAAGCUCCUGUUGCCAUUGUUAUAAAUAGCUCGACUACAAGAAACCAUAUAGGGAGAAAUUUUAUAAGCUCACUUCAGUCUAUGCUGCUGAGGAAGAGAAGGCAACAAGGAUCGAUGAGGAUGAAUGAUGUGGAUGCAAAUAAAUUCCUGGAAAACCAGGAGACAAGAAGAAUGAGCGGUAAACUGGCUACCAUGGAUUGGAUUUUGCUGAGUGGGAUGAUUGUCAGCUUUCUAACAACCAUAGCUCUGCUUAUUUUGCUUUCAUCUAGGAUGUUGUCAUCCUGAUAUAGGAACUGUAAUUGUGCUAUUGUAUUCUUCCACUGAUGCAAUAAUUUAUAAUGGAUUAUUGCAACUUUUGCAACUUUUUUCUAGUUGUUUCC